AUGGGAAGAAAAACAAUAAAACCCUCGAACAACCAUCAAAGCGCCAUUAAGCAGACUUGCUUUACUGUAAACAACCUGCACCGAAAAUUACAAAAAGCCGAUGGAUCCAAGACUGACCUACAAAGAGGUUUAGACAAUGCAGACAAAUACUGUAUCUCCUACGUUCGGGUUCCAGAUACGUACUAUAAACGUGGAAGAACUACAAUUGACAAUUUUUUUUGGAAGAAUUAUUUCGAGUCCACAGAGGCCAUUGUUUGGGUCGUAGAUAGCCUUGAUGAAUCAAGAUUAAAAGAAUGCGAGCAUCAAUUACAUGAACUGUUGUUAGAAGAGAAAUUACUCAAUGUAAGCCUGUUAAUUCUUGCAAAUAAGUCCGAUGCUGCUGGAUCUCUAAACGCCAAGACAAUAGAACAGCUAUUACACCUGAAUGACUUGAAAUCUAGACACUACUGUAUUUUUUCGGUAUCCGCUUUAACUGGAGAAGGUAUUCAAGAAGCUAUAAAGUGGUUAGCCUCUGAUUUACGGGAAAGUAAAAUGGGACUAUUAUCAAACCGAUAA